AUGAUGCUUACAAGACGCUUAUUCUAUACAUUGCUACUAUUCACGUAUUUUCUAGCACUUACAGGAAUCGUUUGGUUCUCGAAGAAAACUCGAACAAUUCACGAACGAAUGGCGACGACUCGACAAGAAUCGCCGACAUUGCGAAUUUUCAUGUACGGCACGAAGUACGGCCAAAUGGGAAAUGUGUUCUUUGAACUCGCUGCCCUAUUGGGAAUCGCCGACACGUUGGGCAGAGUGCCGGUGAUCGAUUCGAAUGAUCUACUGGCAUGGGAUGCGUUGUAUGAUUAUACCGGAAAUCGAUUUCCGCGAUUAUUGGAACAAUUCAAUGCGCUUCAUGUGCCGAAGGAUGAUCUCAAAAUGGUGAAUAUCACCGAAUUUUGUUGCGUUUACGGCAAGACGCACGAAUUGAAAAAUGAGACGGCAAGACAUCUGAUGAUUCGCGGAAUUCAUUUUCAGAGUUUCAAAUAUUUCGAUCAUAUGAGAAGCGAAAUUCGAAGUAUUUUUCAACCGUCCACACCGCUUUUCCAGUUUUCUGAGAAGCUGCUUCCCAAUGAGUAUAAAAACGACUUUAUAAUUUGUCCGCAUAUUCGACGUGGCGACUUUGAAACAUCGUCAUAUCAUAAUCCGUCGUCAGCCGAGUUCACUUUGAAAGCUACGGAAUUCCUUAUAAAGAAAUACUUAAAAACUCAUCCAAAAAUUACUGUGAUGGUAUUUGGCAAUGAUCAUAUAUGGUCGACGGAGACAUUUUCAGAAAUAAGCGAGUACAAUAUUUUUAUCUCGAAAGGAAUGUCGGUGGCUGUUGACAUCGCAUUCGCUUCAAGUUAUUGUGAUGUUGUUCUGAUCACAGCUCCUUCUUCAACAUUUGGAUGGUGGCUUGGAUACUUGGCAAAAGAAAAUGCAGUGGUAUAUUAUAGAGAUAUUAGCGAAGCUGGAGACAAAAUGAAAGCGCAUAUGAUUGAAGAAGAUUAUUAUCCUCCAAGUUGGAAAAAAUUGAAAUCUGACGGAACCAUCUUCAUUCGUCUCGUCAAGAACAUGAAAAAAUUAUCAACGCGUUUGAGGACUAUUCCGGAUUCCGUCGCGAAAGAGUAA